AUGAGGCGCCCUGGUCAGGAACUGCCCCCCACCCUCCGCGCCAGGGAUGAGGCGCCCUGGCCCCAGCUGAGCAGUGCCUGCCUCUGGAGCAAGAUGUCUGAGAGCAGCAGCCCCAUUCGGCUGGACCUGAGCUCCCUGCGGGGGGCGCCCCAAGAUGUCCUACACCUGCUGCCCUGUGAGGUGGAGCACAACGGCAGUGCCCCAGUGGACAGAUACUUCACCCCGGCCAUCCGCCAGGGCUCACAGGCAGAGAAAUCUGUAUCCUUCCGUGGCAGGAGCCUCAAGGGGCAGGAGGUGAUGGUACCCCAAGGUUAUGUGGGGCUGGUUCUGAAGGAGGAUCAAAGGCCCUGCACAGAGGAGGAGCCUCCCGUGCUGCAGGAGCGGACUGUGCGGCUGAAAUCAACUUUUGGUACGCUGACAGUUUGGAACCUGGAGCGGGCUCCAAGUGCGGAUGAUGGGCUGCUCCUGGCUCUGAACUGGCCAGGGAUCGCAGAGGCCAUCCAUGCACCAGUGUCGAGGAAGGAAGAGUGA